CCUUUUAUACAUUAUCUCAUUAUUUUAUUGGAAUAAUGUUAUAUCGAUUUUUUGUAUAUCUUGCAGGAGGAUAUCAAGCACUUUCGAUGAAAAUUAGCUGUCAUUUUGCUUGAUUUAGAACUAAAUAAGCUAAAAGGAUAAUAUACCAUCAACCAGACAUUAAAGAAAAUGUAUCAAAAUCUGAUCUCGAGCUCCUGGAUAAUCCACCGGAUGGAGUCAAAGACAGAUGUCCUAGCCCAAUCCUCGGCAUGCCCACAGAUCAAUUUGAAUUGCUUGUCGGCCUUUGCAACUAUAUCAUGUCCAUUGAUGAUGCCAAGUGUUUGCAAAUGGGACCGAAGCUCGACACCCCAUCCAAUGGGCUUAAGUCUCAAAAAAAUUCAAAGCAUACUUAACAUGAAGCAGUCUAUGGACAAUGAUUUUUCAACAUUGCUGUGCGUAUUCUGGCAUGUGACGAGGAAGUAUUGUUUACAGACCAUCCAAUACACUACAUGGAUCUACAAUUUUGUUCCAUGCUGUGGGAUUCAACACGAGAUCAAAAGUUUUUGCGAUAAGGAAACUAUUCAGAAGUUGGCAACUUUGUUUGAUAGCUGGCAUGGGAUAGACAACAACAUAUAUUAUCGUGCAACAUGGGAUUUGUCAGGUUUUUAUGUCUUUCAUUUUAUGCUCUGGUGGAACGGUAAAGACCUUGUGCAACCAGUUUGUGCGGAUGGAUAUGAGUUGAGGAAGCGGUUUUUAUUAUACUUGCUCAAACAUCAUGCGAAUGAAGCUAAAGACAACUUGCCUGAUAUUGUGCGAGAAUUUCUUAAGCGCAUCAAGUAGAUCUCAAUAUUCUAUAAUAUAUUUUUAUUUGGAUCAUUACUUUAUACGUAUACGUUCUCAAUUUGAUAUCUUGUUAGGAGUUUACAUUACAAGUGAAUUGGACUUCAAUUGUUAUGCAAUUGUGAUCGUGUUAUAUUGUCUC